UUGGAAUAAGAUGGCAAAUUAAUUUUUAUGAAAGCCUUGGCAUCACCUUUAUUAAGGCAUGCACUCAAGGCACCUUCUUCUCUUCCUCUUCCUAUAUAAGCUAAUUUUCAGCUGUGUUUUCAUUUGUGUUCUAAGAAGAUUUCCCAAUGUCCAUCCCUAAGACAACUCUCAUCUUUGCAAUCCUUUGCAUCCUUCUGCUACAUGAGCUCAAGAUCAAUGCAGUUGAAGCUCAAAAAAUAGAUUGCAAGUCCAAAUGUGAUUACAGGUGCAGCAAGGCAUCAAGGCACAAGAUGUGCAUAAGGGCAUGCAAUACAUGCUGUCAGAGGUGCAAUUGUGUCCCUCCAGGAACUGCCGGAAAUGCUGAUGUUUGCCCUUGCUAUGCCAAUAUGACCACCCAUGGAGGAAGGAAGAAGUGCCCUUAAUUGAAUUUAUAUGUAUAAAUCCAUUUCCAUAACUACAUCUCUAUCUCUUUAUACUACAAGUAGAAGAAGAAGAAUAAGACUUGGAGAACACAACAGACACUGAGAAAGGACUUGCAUGCUUGUCAGUGCUAUAUUUCCAAGAAUAUGAAGAACUGAAAAGACUGCUAGGAAUCAGCAAAACUAAAUCAAUAUUUCUUUACUAUAAAGCAUUUCCCUUUUUGUAAUUCUGGAUUCAGUAUUCCAACUCUUUUCUAAUCAUGAUAGCAUUUUCUACA